UCUUUAUAAAACAUUUACACAUGCAUUGGUGCCCUAGUUUGUGUCCUCUAGGUUUAACUCCCAUUACCCACAAAAAUGGUGCAGAGGCUCACUUAUCGCAAGCGCCACAGCUAUGCCACCAAAUCGAAUCAGCACCGGAUUGUUAAGACCCCUGGUGGGAAGUUGGUGUACCAGAGCACUAAGAAGAGGGCUAGUGGACCUAAGUGUCCUGUCACUGGGAAGAGGAUCCAAGGGAUCCCCCACUUAAGACCUGCGGAAUACAAGAGGUCUAGAUUGUCUAGGAACCGCCGGACAGUUAACCGGGCCUAUGGAGGUGUUUUAUCUGGUGGAGCUGUUAGAGAAAGGAUUAUUCGGGCUUUCCUUGUUGAAGAACAGAAAAUUGUGAAAAAGGUAUUGAAGAUCCAGAAGGCAAAAGAAAAGCAGGCUGCUAAGAGUUAAGCUGAUUAAUAUCUUGUCAGUUAAGAAUUGUGCUAAAGAAUUUUGACUUUGAAUUUGUGUUAACCAUGAACGUGGAACUUAAUUUCAAAUUGAUUUUAUAAUUCUUGUUUCUUUUUGGUAGCUUAAAUCAAUUAUAUGAAAUUGUUACACUGAAA